AUCAAUCCUCCUGGUUGGUUUAUUCCUUGGUUUGUUUGGUAUGGUUUGUUUUUGUUUAACGUCCUAUUAACAACCAGGGUCAUUUAAGGACGUGCCAGGUUUUGGAGGUGGAGGAAAGCCGGAGUACCCGGUUUCUUCAAACUCUUCACUUGUUUGAACCGUGGUAUGGUUCUCUUUCCUAAAGGAGAGUUGAUCUGUCAACAACAUUCCUUCUUCAGUGAAGAAGACGCUAUCACAUAUUGUGGUGAAGUGUAUUGGCCAAUCGUUGAAAUCGUGUUUACUCCAUGGAAGUGUCCAUUCACCUCUUUGGAGCUAGGUAGAUCUUGCUGGUGCCAUUGUAGAUACCAUCUGCCAGUUGACAUCGAGGUGUAACUGUGGUUUGUUUGGUUGAAGGUUGGGCACAUUAUUAUUUCUUUGAGAAUAGCUAUCUUUCAUAUCUCCUUUUUGGAUCAGGCAAAAAGAUUAACUGUUUGUAAAAAAAAAUUGUGUCAAGCAUGACUGCGGUUGACAUUGUCACUGCCGUCAGAAUUUCGAUCGCUUGCAAGUGUUUGGCUUGAUAUGUCUGUUUUCUGUCGCUGUAUAAGCAACUGCCCUGCAGGUGGACGUAAGAAUUGUACCCGCUGCCCCUAUUGCAUGAUCGUAAGAGGCGAAUAAAUUUGGGAUCUUAUCUUUUCUCUUUUUUUUUCUGAACAACUUUCUUCUUCCUAAUGUUACCUUUGACAAUGCCACUCUUUUGGCCUUUAGUUGAGCAUUCGCUCAUUUGAGGAAGGCUUUGGGUACUGUCCCCCCAGCCGCGACAAAAAUAUAAACCAUCUUCGUUACGUCCUGCCAUUGUAUACAUGUACAUCCAAGAGUAUUAUGAAACAGAGAAUUUCUUCCAUUCCGGUUGUUGCAUUUUACGUCUUGGCACUUUAUCUUAUAGCCAGCGCACUUUAUCCGAUAGCCGGCGCACUUUAUCCGAUAGCCGGCGCGAAUGAUUUGAUUUAUAGCAUUUUAUUGUGCAUGUGGCAAGUAAAAAAUGGAUCCCACAGUGGAAAACAGUCUGAACGAAUGGUGUCGAGGCGGUUCAUUUUUAAAUCUUUAAAAUACAGUUUCAGAAAAACCUGCUUGCUUUCUAAUACAGCAAUAUUCCUGGCCUUUUCCUGAACUGCUCGCCACAAAAAAGGCGUCUUCGAUUUAGCGCAGUACUUCGUCUGACUAUAUAUAACUUGCUUCAACGUUAACAGACAUAAGAGGCUAAACGUGAUCCAAUGAUGCCAUUGUAAAUGAAAUUAUUAGAUCAAAUGUAUAUUGAAUUAUUUAAUUGAACUUUUUUUCCCCUUUGGUGGUUUGUUAUAUCGUUGCUGAUACAUAUUCGAAGAUAUGAUUGUCAAAAGACGUUUUCCCAAGAGAUGGUCUUAACGCUGAAAACUUCUAGAGGUAGAUCUCGUCUCACGGAUGGAUCUCGGUGUUCUGUCGGCGAGACCCUAAAACGUACAAUAAUGCCUUUGGUAUUUCCAUAUCAGGAUAAAUGUAAACAACGCUCUUUAGAAAUACUAGGCGGGUGUUUAUGUUCUGGAGGAAUAUCUAAAGUUUACAGUAUAGAUUUGUUACGCCCACUUCAAGGCUAGUACGUUUUAUAUAGAAUUGAAAAUUGGAGUUUACUUGGUUUACACAGCACGUGUCAUACGCCAGUUAAAAAAUCAACAGAUCUUAUAGCGGAGAAAGUCAUUGAUUUCCCAUCGUUCGAGAUGGCACAUUGAUUGUUUUGUCAAAACACACAGCUAAUUUAAUUACGGUCAUCGACGGUAAUGCGAUGGAAAUGACCAUAGUUCCAUAUCACUGACUGAUCAGAUAAUUUGGUGUAAGUACUGAUUACAAUGACCAACGUUGUUACAAAAACUAUCGGCUCCCCCAUAACGACGACUAGUAGUAGGAGGUUCUGCGCGUGCAGGCUAGUGUCGCGGAACGUUGUAACGUGCUUGGUCGACGUGGCGACUGCAGUCACCCGCUUAGGACCUAUAUGCAUUGUCAGUGUAACUAGUUUCUGCACCGAGGCAAACCAUUGAUUUUAUCCGUUAUCGAUACCAACGAGUUCGUAAUGACGUGAAAAACAACUUUAAUAAACACUGCUGCAUACGAAUGAGUAUGAUCUGUACCUGAGUUUCGAUUGAUUAUUGCAGAAUCAUGAGAGAUACUCGUGUAUGAAUUUCACAGGUAAACAGCUCUUUUCUCCGUCCCCAUGGAUCGCUGUUGAAGUACGUUUGGCAGUAGGUUGUAAUGGCGAUACUUUGAAUUCAAUUGAUAUAUAUUCAAGUUAACACUCCGGUCUGGAACGCUGUGUAAACUCAGGGACAUCAUCUAUUCUCGAUGGAAAACAUAUACGGACAAUGGAAGAGCAGAGCAGGAUUGUGGGCUUUCGAUUUCACCGCCAUUUAAAGGUGGGAUAGAUUAUGGAAAAAGCAAUUAUUGAACGAACAUCUAUGAAGACUUCCUUGUGGAAACAAUAACAUUUCAGAAUAGAAAUAAAUAUAAUAGGCGAUGUAUAUUGAUUGAAUUAUUAUACAAACUAUUAUAUUUAAAAAAGAAAAAGAAAAAACAGUCUACUUUAGUGCAAGACCAAUGGACCCAUAUUUUGUCCUUUGAUAGAAUCAAUGAUGAUUUUAUUUUGUUUUCGAUCUUUAUUCCAUCUGACGUAUUUUAACACACCGAGGACUGUAAGCGUACGUAUGAGAUGUAAUCGAGAAGAAUGUCACUAAAUAUCGGAGGGAUGACCACAGGAGCCAUGUCCGUUCUUGUCGAAAUACUCUUGACCACUGUCCCUCCCCUGGACGCUAUAAAUUCUACCAGCACCGCAGUAAACAAGCGGAGUGUUCCUACAAUAAUGGAGAUUUUCGUUCCCUGUUACACUGUCCUAGCAGCCGCCAUCUUGUCCCUUGCACUGAUGCUUAUCUGCGCAUCGUUUCAUGUGAACGCCGGAAAUCGCCGGAAGUCACGUGUGACUGCGGAACGAUGGGAAAUGGCGGUUGUUACAGACGCUGGUGUCUCUAUCAUCAACCAUACCACACGAGUAGCUUUAGACGAUUUGUCAAUAACAGAAAGGAAAACUAUACAGAGUUUUCUAGGAGAGUUUGACAGGGAGGUUUUAGAUAAUCUCAGGUCGUUCCACGUCCAACCGGGCGAGAUUAUCCGUAUCUGCUUUCCAGCGUUCUCUACUAUGGUAAUAGGACCAGUGUUUAUGAUGGGUUAUUACGAAAUUAUAGAUUUUUUCUGGUCGAUUGAAGACUACCCCGAUCUGCCAAACAUCAAUCAGUGCGUUGCCUGUUUUCUCACCCCAGCUGGAUUGGUUUACGCAAUUUCUUUCGGAUUCGCCUUCCAGCAAGCUAUCAACAAACAAUGUGAUAUAUUGGAGAAAAUGACAACCGAAAUUAGCUACCUUGACCAGGCGGCCACAUUGACAAGUAAACUUAAACUACGGUCACCUGCGGUCAAGGUUAGUAUGUAUCGGGCACUGAAAGCUGAGGCGCUGUACAUGAUUCUUCAGGUUCAGAAGGGCGACAUGGCAAAAUAUAGACACCGUCCACAGGAGAAUAUCAAAGUUGAAAUUUGGAACAUCAUCGACCAUCUACACAUGCUGUCGAAUAACCCACAUCACCAUGUUGAUGUAGUAAUGAGUCAGAGAAUCAUGGAGUACAUCAUGGCCCUAAACAGUAUCUGUUCGGAUCAACUCGGCAUUCUUCACUCAAAGAUACACUGGCUUAAAUGGGCAUUCCUGGUAACACUUGGAUUCUUUUCGUUGUUUGGAGUCCUCAUGAUCAAAGCUUACUCGUACCGGAUGGAACUAGUGAUGAGCAUGCUCACUCUCUUCUCCAUCGUCAUGCUUUGCUACAUCGUCGCCGAUCUCGACUCGCCUUUUACGGGAUUUUUCCGGAUAGAUGUUCGGAUUAUCUCUGAUGUUAUCUACCGACUAGAGAUGUUAAGCAAUAUGGCGUUCAUGGGUUGUACCGAAACCGCCUGCUAUCCCGACAGCUCCAAGUUUAGAAGCAAGCGCUGAGGCAUUCUUUUCAUUUUGACUGAACUCAUUUUGAAUUCUGAACAUGGUGUUGUGUCUCCUGUGAGAGAGGAUUAUAUACAAAGUACCUCAAUGAAAAAGUAACCAUAAAUUGUAGACUUGGUAAAUAAUUCUUUUUGUCAGAAUGUCACAUCACAACAAAAACAGGUUACUUCCCUAGAAGACCAUGGCUGGUUAUCGUCCUAUGUAAAUUGAAAAUGCUUCAAUUUAUAAAUGUGCCCCGAUAUCGUGCGACUCCUCCAACAGCUAUUGAUGGUGUCUGGGGGUUACGGUGUUAAGUUUUGAGUUAAAUUUGUAUCUUGAUAAAGAUUAGAUGGUUCUAUCCUACAAAAGACGCACUAUGGAGCAAGGCAAGAGGAACAUUCUUGAUAAUUAGAAAAGAACAAUUUGUUUUAGAAAAUCUGUUAUCCUAUCAUAUCUCAUUAAUUGGUUUUAACCUCAUCACAGCGAUGAUGUUCUGAUUUGUCGAACUGAUUGUGACGUCAGAGGCAAUGUUGCACGAGCAUGUCAUCCGAAAUGAAAUAUCAAUUAUCAAAAAAACGUUUUGAUAGCUCUGUAAAAAAAAAUCUAAUAAACUAUCAACACAUCUGAAGAGGUGAUGUGGAUCGUA